AUGUCCGAGACCGGUCUUGUAGUCGUAGCUGAGGAGCUCAAUUGCCUGCACGCACGUGCGUUUUUCAGGAAAGAGCUCUUCGUGGACUACGUUUAUCGACCAGACGUCCGUUAUCGGUUCGGCAUCAAUCUGUCUCUUUUGAUUGACUGCUUGUCGGCGUUCUCUGCGUCAGCUACCACAGGACAUGUAUUAACCCUGCGGUAUCCUGGACCGGAUAACCAGCUGUUGCUCAAGUAA